AUGUUGUCAUUUUUACGAAAAAUUUCAAUCGGGGGGAGGAUAAAAGAUGGUGUGCCGACGAGCGACGAGAUGGAGGCUGUUGAAGACUGUCUGGAUGCGAAGAACAGAGGUUUAGUCUCGCAGUCCGACACCGAGCUGAAGGAAUCCCUAAGAAAUCGUUUGUUACCAUGGCUUAUAAAAUUUAAAAUCAUCAUAGAUUUAUUGAGAACAAUCAAGGAUCCAGAGAAACCUCAAACAUUGGAGCAAUUGGAUGUUGUCUAUGAAGACUGCGUAGAGAUCUUGAGGCAAACUCCCAAGGGAGUUUCUGUUAUUCGCAUUGAAUUUAAUCCGACAGUGCCUCAUUGUUCUCUGGCUACAUUGAUUGGUUUGUGUAUUAGAGUGAAACUAGAACGUCAUUUAGUAGCCCUUUUUAAACUGGAUAUAUUUAUUAAGAAAGGCGCACACUCUACAGAACAAGAAAGUAAAUAUAAUCAAUCAUUCUGUGUGAAAGGAUUACCAGUUCACUUUAGUGUGCAUUAAACGUUUCACAUUUCAGUAAAUAAACAAAUAAAUGACAAAGAAAGAAUUGCUGCCGCCAUGGAAAAUCCUAACUUGAGAGAACUGGUGGAGAAAUGUAUUCAAGAAGAAGAGUGA